CCCCGAUUAAUUCUUAUCGUUAGUUACCUACAGUACAACUUGUACAAUACCUACACCUAGGUUAGGUAGUUACAUACCUAACUAGCCCCGACACGCCGAUUUGGAUUUAUUGCCUUCAACUUCAACCUCAACCUUGCAGAAUACACAACCAAAUAAUAACAAAGCAACUGUUUACAUAAAGAUAAUUCAUUUUUAACCUCGAAAUCGAACCCCAAAUAGAUUCUCAAUAGUCAUACAUAUCAAAAUUCUAUCGGUUGGAAUCCAGUGUCGACACUAUUUUCAAUCAUGGGGAUGCAACCGCGAGCCGGAUCAUUAGCACAUAGCAACGGAACAAAUGGCACAAACAGCGAGGCAAGCAUCCGCAAAGAACCUCUCGAUAUCGAGGAGGUUCUGCGCAAAAAGAAAGAGGCCAACGAUGCAGCUGCGAAACCUAGAUUUAUCCCCAAGGCUGAGCGCGAGCGCUUAGCUGUAGAGAAGGAGAAAGAAGAAGAACAGAAGCGACGACGAAAAGCUGAGGAAGAAGCUCGGAGUAAACCUAGCGGGAGAUCUACAACCAGAAUAGAGCCCGAUAGACGACAUCCUGACCGUCACGACAGAAACCAGCCCCCAGCUGUUCCGACUGGGCCUAGAGCUAUGCGUCAAGCCGGCCACGACAGACGUGAUGGCGGUGGUCGCGACGGUGGCCGCGAAAACGUUGAUACGCGAGGAAAGUCAGGGGGUAAGAAAGCGGUAGCAGGCGAAAAACGGGCUGCUCCAGAAGAGACAGAAGCCGCAUUAAUACGAGCACGAUACAUGGGACCAGAGAUAAAUCAGUCGACCUUCUCGGCAAAGAAGAAGCGAAGGAGGACCACCGAAAAGAAAUUCAGCUUCGAAUGGGAUGCCGAAGAAGACACAACUCAGGAUCACAACCCAAUAUACGCAGAAAGGGCUGAGCCGACCUUUUUUGGAAGGGGGAGGCUGGCUGGGUUUAGUGAUGAUAUGACGGAGGAAAAUGCUAGGAAAUACGCCAGGUCGCUUAUAGAACGCGAUCCUGAGAACGGGGCACAGCGAGCCCAGGAAUUACUCAGCAUGAUGCAGAAAGCAAAGGAGAGAGCGAACCGAAAUGGGCUAGGGAAGCAUUGGUCAGAGAAGAAGCUCGAGGACAUGCGCGAACGAGAUUGGCGCAUCUUCAAGGAAGACUUUGGCAUCGCAACAAAGGGCGGGCUAGUUCCAAACCCGAUGCGAAAUUGGCAGGAGUCUGGCUUGCCUCGAAGACUGCUAGAGAUAGUUAGCAAAGUCGGAUACGACGAGCCAACACCCGUCCAGCGUGCAGCCAUUCCUAUUGCUCUACAAGCAAGAGAUCUAAUCGGUGUUGCCGUUACUGGUUCAGGAAAGACGGCUGCAUUCUUACUACCUCUACUGGUUUACAUCUCCGAGCUACCCCCUUUGACGGAAUUUACAAAGAAUGACGGCCCUUACUCAUUGAUCAUAGCACCAACCCGAGAGUUAGUCCAGCAAAUCGAGACAGAAGCAAAGAAGUUUGCGGGACCACUCGGAUUUACUGUUGUCAGCCUUGUUGGUGGGCACUCGCUCGAGGAGCAAGCAUUCGCCCUUAGGAACGGUGCCGAGAUAAUCGUUGCCACACCCGGUCGUUUAGUUGACUGUAUUGAACGACGCCUGCUGGUUUUAUCACAGUGUUGUUAUAUCAUCAUGGACGAAGCGGAUCGGAUGAUCGACAUGGGCUUUGAAGAGCCCGUCAACAAGAUUUUAGAUGCACUACCCGUCACCAACGAAAAGCCAGACACUGAAGCCGCCGAAGAUGCGCAGCUGAUGAGGCGGCAUUUAGGGGGCAAGGAUCGAUAUAGACAGACUAUGAUGUACACAGCUACUAUGCCGUCAGCUGUCGAGAAGAUCGCUAAGAAAUAUCUACGUCGCCCCGCUACGGUAACUAUCGGAAAUGCUGGAGAAGCUGUGGAAUCAGUUGAACAGAGAGUCGAGUUCGUUCCAGGAGAGGAUCGUCGUAAGAAGCGAUUGCAAGAGAUUCUAUCGUCUAACGAGUUUGCGCCGCCCAUUAUCGUCUUCGUCAACAUCAAGCGCAACUGUGAUGCCGUGGCUCGAGAAAUCAAGCACAUGGGCUUCUCUGCCGUCACUCUUCACGGUAGCAAGACUCAGGAGCAGCGAGAACAGGCCCUGGCCUCUGUACGCGGUGGCUCGACCGAUGUUUUGGUGGCGACGGACUUGGCAGGCCGUGGUAUUGAUGUUCCCGACGUCUCUCUCGUCGUCAACUUCAACAUGUCCACAAACAUCGAAAGUUACACACAUCGUAUUGGCCGAACGGGUCGUGCCGGCAAGAGUGGUGUUGCUAUCACCUUCCUAGGUAACGAGGACUCGGAUGUCAUGUAUGACCUCCGGCAAAUGCUUUCAAAGAGUGCGAUAUCCAGAGUACCAGAAGAAUUACGGCGUCACGAGGCUGCACAGCAGAAACCAAAUAAGGGGCCCAAGAAACUUGAGGAGAAGGGUUUUGGUGGAAAAGGGGGUGGAUGGGACUAGAGUCUUGCCCAUAAGACAGGCUUACUUACCUAUGGGAACUCUUGACUCAGUUUGAUGAAUGGAUCUAAUACAGUAACGUGUUUUAUACACGAUCGAAAUUACCUUUCAGGUUGUGUCCAGGGCCUUCGAUGAUCUUUAAUUGCCAACAACAGUUUGUGUUUACUUCGGUAUCUAUCCAUCUGAUGAUCUACCACUUGCCCCUGAAAUUACUUACAUUAGUAAUCCUUUAAGAUAUUUGUACGGGUAAAGGUUUCAGUUGGCUGUGAAUGUUAGGGGCUCGUUUGCUUAAGAUAACUUGAGGAUAUGUAGUGUAUUGCAAUGAGCCGGGCGAUGUAACAGACAAACAGGAGUCAAGCAUGGUUUCCAUAGGUUUCUAUGUCUAUAUCUUCCCGAUGCCGGACUUGACAAGCAUAUCAACCUGACAACACAUCAAGGCAUAUUCGUCUAUGCAUUCGUUAGGCAUCAGGAAGAUGAGAAGAAGGCAGUAAUGGCGGGAAAGGGAUGGAAAGAAGCAAGGUCUUAGGUAUGCAAAAUAACAAAAGAGAAAAUGCAAAGAUUUUUUGA